AAGCUCCAUUCCAACAUUGUUCCUCAAUUUGGAAAAAAGAAGACAGAAAAAAAUAUAUAAUUAUUGGACGCUUUCUGCAAAUGGUGAUCAAGAAAUAGAAGGAAGAGAGGAAAAUAGUCAGAACCCACCAAUUGAUCAAUUGAUUUCUGUACGAGAGAAUGUUCAAUCAGACCAGAACAAAGAAAUGUGUUCAGAACAUUUGAAAGAAGUAAAGCAAAUUGAGCAAAUGGAAGAACUAAAUAAACAGCUUAAAAUAAAAAUCGCAGAGCUUGAAGACAAUCUCCAAAGAAAAAACCAAAUUAUUGAUAAUAUGAAGCUCGAUGCAAAGGAACAAGGACAAAAAAUUGCAUUCGACAUCCUCAGUACCAUUUUUACUCCUGGUCAGGUUAAUAAAUUGUUAAAGCCAACACUUACUCGAUUUCAUUGGUCAACAGAAGACAUUUCAUCUGCAAUGGCUUUAAGGUGUAAGAGCGGACGAGCAUAUAAAUAUAUCCGCGAUGUUAUGAAAAUACCUCUUCCCUGUGAUUCUACCCUAAGAAAUUGGAGUCAAAAUUUCAGUGUAAAACCAGGAAUUUUACAAGACAUUCUAGAAAUAAUGAGAAAAAAAAGAGAAAAUUUAUCAAUCAGUGAUAAAUGAACAGUGUUAACCUUUAAUGAGAUGUGUAUUGCUAAUAAGGUGGACUUAAAACGCAAAGAACAAAAGAUUUAUGGUCCACAUAAAUCGUGCCAAUUUGUUAUGGCUAGAGGCAUUUUUGGCAACUGGAAACAGCCAAUAUUUUAUGAAUUCUCCCAU